AUAAAAUUAUAAUAUUCCAAUCACUACUUCAUAAUAAAGAUAAAAAGAGUAUUAGUAAAAUUUUUAUGCACAAUGAUCCCUUUGACAUAAGUAUUCUCAAUAAUUAUAUUAUUAGUUUACAAAGUUUCGUAAGUUUAAAUUUAGAUUUUAUAAGUGAUUCGCAAACUUAAGUGCAACUUCAUAGCGUAAUAUUUUGUUAUAAACUUUAUCUGCACUAAGUUCAUUUGAAAGAUAGAACCCAGGCUUUCUAACGAAUAUUUUAAAUGAGAUUUGAAAAAGUAUAAGCAAAAAAAAAAUGAUUAUGUUUUUUUUAGUAUGACUUAAUAUAUUCUACCACCCUUAAUAAAAAGAUAUAGUUUUUAUGAAUUAAUGCAUGAUAAUCAUAGAAUACCCCCCUUAAUAAUGGAAGAAACCACUUUUUAUGUUGAUACUGGUAAAGGGUUCAAUCUUAGUGCUGGGCUUCAAUUAAAACCAAAUGCACCCAGCGAAGGUAUUGUCAUUUUAUGUCACGGUAUUUUGAACACGCGAUUUUCAAAAACUAUACUCUGCGUAAUCGAAAGAAUUCCUUACCAUACAUUAUCCUUUGAUUUCCAAGGAAAUGGGUUAAGUGGAGGAACAACAACUUACGGAAAUUAUUACGAAGAAGUGGAAAACAUUCGGUGUAUAAUAACUUAUGUUCGAGAAAACCUCAAUCGUAAAGUUUUAUGCAUUUGUGGUCAUAGCAAAGGAGCAGUAGAUGUGCUUUUAUACGCGUCAAAGUAUAAUGAUGUUCCAUUAAUUGUAAAUCUUUCAGCUCGGUACGAUCAUACAGAAGCGCCGUCUAAUCGUUUUAAACCUGAACAACUUGAAGAGCUACAAAAAAAAGGAUCUUUUGUUUGGAUUAAAUAUAGUGAUCGAGAAUAUAUUAUUCGAGAUGAUGAUUUGAAAGAAAGAAACAAUUUAGAUACGUCAGUUGUAAGAAAUAUUGAUAAACAAAAGGUGAAAGUAUUGACUAUUCAUGGAUCAAAAGAUGAAGUUUGUUCUGUAAAAGAUGCAUACAUAUAUGAUAAGUUAAUUGGACCCGAGCCGUAUCAUAAGUUGAUGAUAGUUCAAGAUGCUGAUCAUCGUUUUGGUAAUAUAAAUCAUCAGAAAAUUAUGGCUGGAGCUAUAACAUCCUGGCUAGAUGAAAAUAAAUCUUGGGUAUUUAAUGAAAUUGGUUAUGUUUAAGUUAUUUUAAUUAUUUAUAAAUUUGUUUGUAUUUUUAAAAAAUGUCAAA